CGCUUCAUUUGAACGCGUUCGAUGCGUCAUCAGCGAUUCUCCCGGUAAACUCGUGCGCGCGCAUCAGUGCUGGUGAUUUAUCAGAUCUGGGAUAGGGAUGUGAUGAACAUCUGAACUCCAGACAGCAGUGGUUGAAAUAUUAAAGUGAAGUGAAUCUCUACAGAGGUCAGCGGUGAAGUUGUGAUCAUGGCAGAAACAUCAGACUCAUCUCUCCGGUCUCCUCCAUCAACACCUCUCUCAUUAUCCUUCCCCAUCCUGAGAGACAGCAGUCGGGUGUGGGACAGAGGAACGCUGAAGUCUGGAGAUUUACUCAGUCCACUGCCCACCAAACGCACACGAUCAUACUCGGCGACCGUUCGGGCAAACGCAGGUCCCGUCUUUAAGGGUGUAUGUAUAAAUUUCUCCAGGUCUCAGGGUCACGGUUACAUCAGACCGGCUCAUGGUGGAGAAGACAUCUUUGUGCACAUCUCUGAUGUGGAGGGUGAAUACGUCCCUAUGGAGGGAGAUGAGGUGACGUAUAAGAUCUGUUCAAUCCCACCUAAGAACGUGAAGGUCCAGGCUGUAGAGGUCACCAUCACCCACCUGAAACCAGGAACUAAACACGAGACCUGGUCAGGUCAGAUCAUCACUCCAUAAGACAAGAACACUGUUUGUGUCUGUGUGCGGCCGGGGAAUACAGAAGAGGAAAUGAUGAGAGCUUGAAAGAGCAAAGCAUCGUGGGAAGGACUUCAAAAGUGAUGGAGAGCAAAUGAGACUGGAACAGACGUAUGGAAACGCAAACAUAUGUAGCUACACAGACUUGAGUUCACAAAUGUGUGAGACUGAAAUUCAUAACACAACACAAAUACAUUACUGCAGUCUGUUUACUCUCUCAGAAUAUAAAACUCACAUCAUACACUUGGGUUAAGUUUAUGAUCAUUUGAUAAAUCUUUGGAAACCUGUUCACAAAUCCAGGUCAUAGGGCAUUUAAAAUGUAAAGAUAAUUUAAUUGAACACCAUUACAUCAGUUUAUAGGAAUAUACAGUAUAGGAUUGUUUUGCAUUGUGACAGCUUCAUUGUCAUUAAAUUGAUUUGAUUUGACCUGGAAGGGGUUUGAUCAGAACUGUAAUAUUAAAUUGAAACAUUAUAAAUUUUACACUUGAAAUCCCAAAAACACAAACUGCCAAACUGACCGCAUAUCCCAGAAUUCCUGGGAGUUUUUCAGGGUAAGAUGCAGCACUUUGUAGUGCAGUUAAUAAAUAACAGCGUUUAAAUUACACUUAAAUCUACUUGAGUGAUGUCAUUAUUUUAUAUUGUAUGUAAUAAUCUUCAUCAUGUCAAUGCUCUGGAUGUUUGAUCGAUUAAAUCUUCUUGAGUUUGUUGAAUUAUUUCAUCAUCAGAUGCUUGCACAUUUGAAUUUUGUCUUGUCAAUUUUUGAUAUUUCUGUUGGUGUUUCUUUUAUAAUGUAUUGUUUUUGCAAGUUUAGCACUUAGAUCACAGUGGUAAAUGUUAUUUACAUGUGAACUUUAAUAAAAUUAAUUACUAAUGAUU